GCUAGCCCUUCCUCCCUCCCGGAGUCCAUGUGUCGUGCCUCUCCCGGUCCCACCUUACUGCUGGGUAUGAAGAGGUUGUCUGUGCUGCUGGUGGACUUCAGGAAACCAACGGGGCUGAGUGGAACUGUGAGAGGAGGAGAAGAGAUGAAAGGAUCAGAUUUGACACAUCAAAGAGAAAGACCAGACUCAGAGGAACCAGAGCCAGGGACGUCCAAACCAGCAAGAAGACACCAGUGUUCCCACUGUGGAAAGGGUUGUAACCACUUAAAUGAGCUUAAACGACACGAGAGAAUACACACAGGGGAGAAGCCUUACCAUUGCUCCCACUGUGGAAAGCGUUUUAACGAUUUGGGCAAGGUGAAACGACAUGAGAGAAUACACACAGGGGAGAAGCCUUACCAUUGCUCCCACUGUGGAAAGUGUUUCAACCAGUUAGGGACCCUGAAACAGCACAAGGUAAUACACACAGGGGAGAAUCGUUACCACUGCUCCCAGUGUGGAAAGGGUUUUAACGAUUUGGGGAAGCUGAAACGACAUGAGAGAAUACACACAGGGGAGAAGCCUUACCAUUGCUCGCAAUGUGAAAAGAUGUAUAGGGAGAAAGAACACCUGAAAGCCCAUGAGAAAAUUCACACAGGGGAGAAGCCUUACCAAUGCUCCCAGUGUGGAAAGUGUUUCACCUGGGCAGGGUAUCUGAAAAAACACGAAAGAAUACACACAGGGGAGAAGCCUUACCACUGCUCCCGGUGUGGCAAGUGUUUCAACGGGGCAGGGGAUCUGGAAAAACACGAAAGAAUACAUACAGGAGAGAAGCCUUACCACUGCUCCCGCUGUGUCAAGUGUUUUAACCAGUUAGGGGCCCUGAAACAGCACGAGAGAAUACACACAGGGGAGAAGCCUUACCACUGCUCCCAGUGUGGCAAGUGUUUUAACCAGUUAGGGACCCUGAAACAGCACAAGAUAAUACACACAGGGGAGAUGCAUUACCACUCCUCCCAGGAUGCAAAGCUUUUGCCCAUUUAGGAAGCCUGAAAUAACAUGAGACACAGAGGAGAAGGCUUACAGAAGGUUCGAUUUUGGGAAAACAUAUUACUCAUAACAAUCACUUAAACGUCAUUAGAGAAUCCACACAGGAGAGAGAAAUUACUUCUCUUAGCGUGUAUAUUGAUAUUUCACAUCUCAUUUUUCUUACAAUUCAUCAGAGAACAUACACAGUGCUCCCGUUGUCUUAUAUUGUUGCCUUAUAAUGUGUUGACCUGUUUUUACCAGAUGAAAUUGCUUCUUCCAAUUAUUGAUAAACAUGUACCUGUUAAGAAACUGACUGUUAGAUAUGUUAAGGCUCCAUGGAUUGAUGAGGAAUUUAAAAACUGUAUGUUUGAAAGAGUUGGGGCAAAAGGAGUGGCUAAUAAGUCUGGCUGCACAUCUGGCUGGCUUACAUACUGCAAAUUGAGAAAUUAUGUGACCAAACUCAACAAAAAUAAUAAACUUAUUAAGAAGCCAAGAUCAAUGAUAUAAAGAAUGAUGGAAAAAAACCUCAUGAAAGAAAAGCAGUGCAAGUUUUGAAUUUUGUAAAGUUAGUGUGGGAGAGGUGGAACAAUUGUUAUCGAUCCAAUAAUGACAAACCUCCUGGCAUUGACAACUUAGAUGGAAAGCUACUGAGGACAGUAGCUGACUCUAUAGCCACUCCUAUCUGACAUAUUUUUAACAUGAGCCUAGAGGAAGGUCUUUGUUCUCAGGCCUGGAGGGAAGCCCAAUUAAUCCACUACCUAGUCAUGUAAGACUGGAACAUAGUAUCAACAGGAACUCUUAGUUCCCUUUAUCCAUCUGUUACCUAAAAUAUAGUUUCAACACACAGACAUCUGACUUUGUACAGUUGACCUUUUCAUGCACUUGCAAGGUGUCUACCACUGAUUCUUUAUCUCAAGCUAAAGCAAAACAUGAAUCAUUGUACUUUUGUCAUCACAGGUGUUCCUGUAAUGUACAGAUAUCAUCAAAGUUCUUACAAGUCAAAUUACACACAUCUCUGACACACACACUUAUCCCACCAGACAUGCCACCGGGGGUCUUUUCACAGUUCACAAGAUUCCAGAACAAAUUCAAGAAAGCGUAUAGUAUUAUAUAGGGCCCUUAUUGCAUGGAACUUCCUUCCAUCUCAUAUUGCUCAAAUAAACAGCAAACCUGGUUUCAAAAAACAGAUAAAGCAACCCCUCUCCCCUAUUUGACCCAGGUAGUUUGUGUGUAUGCAUUGAUAUGGAGGCUACGUUUACCUUUUACAAAAUGUAUGUAGUUCUGUCCUUGAUCUGUUCUUGUCUAUUGAUGUUCUGUAUUAUUGUCACGCCAUAGAGAGGUCUUUUAUUCUCUAUUUUGGUUAGGCCAGGGGGUGACUCGGGUGGGAAUUCCAGUUUCUUUAUUUCUAUGUUUUCUAUUUCUUUGUUUUUGGCCGAGUGUGGUUCCCAAUCGGAGGCAGCUGUCUAUCAUUGUCUCUAAUUGUGAAUCAUACUUAGGCAGCCUUUUUCCACCUGUGUUUUUUGGGUAGUUGUUUUCUGUAUAGUUGAUUUGCCUUACAGAACUGUUUGUUCUUCUCUUUGUUAUUUUGUUUGAAUGUUUUUUGAUUAAAUAAAAAUCAUGAACACUUACCACGCUGCGCUUUGGUCCAUGCCUUCCGACGAGAGACGUGACAAUUGUGUCAUGUUUUGUGUUGACCGCAGGAGGGGUAGCUGCUGCUUUUGCAACAGCUAAUGGGGAUCCUAGUAAAAUACCAAAU